UUAGAAAACUCAAUUAAAAAAAAAAAAAGAGAGCGAGCGAUCGAAACAAAAAGAGAAAGAAAAAACUGUCUCUCUCUCUUGAUAAAAAACAUUGGGCUCUUCACCACCACUUCCUUCCCUCUUUUUCCUUCUCUCCAUAAAACUAGAAAUCUCUUUUUUGGUUUCUCUCUCUUUUUGGUUUUUCUUUCCUAGAAACAAAUUAGGCUUUUUUUUUUUUUAAAUUUAAAAAUAAUAGCUUGGGAAAUUUUGGGAGUGUAGGGUUAAGAAUAAUAAAGGAAAGAUGGAGUCUUCGGUGGGUUCGAACUCGCAUGGGAACCUGGACGAACAGAUUUCGCAGCUGAUGCAGUGCAAGCCCUUAUCGGAGCAAGAGGUUAGGGUGUUAUGUGACAAGGCUAAGGAGAUACUGAUGGAGGAAAGCAAUGUUCAGCCUGUCAAAAGCCCUGUUACAAUAUGCGGUGAUAUUCAUGGGCAGUUUCAUGAUCUUGCAGAGCUUUUUCGAAUUGGAGGGAAGUGUCCAGAUACAAAUUACUUGUUCAUGGGAGAUUAUGUUGAUCGUGGUUACUAUUCAGUUGAAACUGUAACACUCUUGGUAGCCCUCAAAGUGCGUUACCCCCAACGGAUAACAAUUCUGAGGGGAAACCACGAGAGCCGUCAGAUUACUCAAGUUUAUGGCUUUUAUGAUGAAUGCCUAAGGAAAUAUGGAAAUGCCAACGUUUGGAAGAUGUUUACUGAUCUGUUUGACUAUUUUCCACUAACAGCAUUGGUUGAAUCUGAAAUUUUCUGUCUCCAUGGUGGAUUAUCUCCAUCCAUUGAAACCCUGGAUAACAUACGCAAUUUUGACCGUGUUCAAGAAGUCCCUCAUGAGGGUCCCAUGUGUGAUCUAUUGUGGUCUGAUCCAGAUGAUCGAUGUGGUUGGGGUAUUUCUCCAAGGGGUGCUGGAUAUACCUUUGGCCAAGACAUAUCUGAGCAAUUUAAUCAUACAAACAAUUUGAAGCUUAUUGCUAGGGCUCAUCAGCUGGUCAUGGAAGGAUACAAUUGGGGUCAUGAACAAAAGGUUGUUACCAUAUUUAGUGCACCAAAUUAUUGCUAUCGAUGUGGAAACAUGGCUUCCAUCCUUGAAGUUGAUGACUGCAAGGGUCAUACAUUCAUUCAGGCAUUUUUAGAACUAUUGUGUUGUUGUAGUUUGAGCCAGCUCCAAGGAGAGGAGAGCCAGAUGUAACCCGGAGGACACCUGAUUACUUCCUGUAAAGCAAACUGGCAUUGAGUUGAUUGAGUCUCUGGUGGCCGGUGCCCUUCAAUGGGUUAGUGAUGAGGGCUUUUGUUGAAUUUAAGAUUUGUAAUUCGCAAUGGUGGAUGUUGGGUGGCAGCAAGCUUGUAUAUGGCUGAUGAGGCUUCCUUGGUCAGGGUUGUUUCAUUGAAUGAUGCUUGAGUUUCCACAAGAGGAGGCAGAAAAGCUGGCAACAUUGUAGGGGCAUAUGUAGCAUUUCCAGCAGACAAUGUGACAUUUAUUUUCCUUGAUUUUAACUUUUGUUUUCUUUUUAUCUGUAGAAGGGUAUGAGGGUUGGGGAUCUGUAGAGGGAUGCUGAGAACAUUUUCCUUACAAUGUGUGUGUGUGUGUGUGUGUGUGUGUGUGUGUUUUUUUCUUUAAUAUUUUUUCCUCAGUCCCGAACUCCCAAUUAAAUAGGUUUCUUUUUCCCGCCAAAUGGAACUUCAUGGUGUUCAAAUUUUGUUCAAUUCUAGACGUGCUUGAAAGUUAGAUGCUAAAGCUUUAAGAAUUAAGGGAAUGGUCGGAUGAAGCAGUGGCUAGACUGAAAUGAGUGGGAUGUAGAAGUUGUCUCUCAUUUUUUUCCCUAGCUCAAAUAUCUGUAUGCAGUGAAGACUUUCUAUAAGAUACUAGCAGUCUGAGAUAUAACUAGUUAUCCUCUUCCAAUUUUAAGAUAGCCGCUAAACGGACGUAUAUG